UGAAAAGAUAGAUUAUAGAUAUCAUAGCCAUUCCCCUCCCUUAUCAAUGUCACAUAAACCCUAUGCUUCGUUUUUGCGGCUGCUUAUCAGCUAGAGGCCUCAAAGUCACCUUAGUCCUCACCCACGGCGUCGCGAAAUCCAUGCUUUCCUCACUCUCCGGCGCGUACCUUCGGCGAAUACGUCACGCGGAUGCGGGCCGCAAUCUCCGAGGGGGUCACGGUGUCAUUGAGAAGAAAAAGAAGAGUAGGUGCUCCGCCGCUGGCGGCGGAGUUGUGGUCUACGAUUCCUUCAUGCCGUGGGCCCGUGGCUGAUGGAGGUGGGACGGGCGGGCGGGCUGCGGGUGGCGGCGUUUUUCUCCCAAAUGGCAUAUGUGUGUAGCAUCCAUUAUCAGAAUAUGCUGGAAAGAGAGCGGGAGUUCAAGAGUUCGGAAGCAGUUUGUCUGUCGUGUUUGCCGGUGAUGGAUUCCGGCAACCUGCCAUCGUAUUCCUACUUCGGAGAUAUUGCAGAAGAAGUUGCCGUGUUUGCGGGAAACCAGGCCUCCAAUAUGCACAAAGCUGACUGGUGUUUGUUCAACACAUUUGACGCCUUGGAACAUGAGUGGUGGAUUGUUCAGGGAAAUUCGUCCAGGACAUAUAUGAUCAAUUGAAAUGGUUCUAAUCGAUGAUGAGGUACUCUUAUUAUUAUGCCUGCUAUGUAGCUUACUUUGCUUCUCUUGCAUACUCUACAUACUUUAAGAAUAUAUUAGUUGAUUUGGUUAGUUCGCCUUUCAACAUUAGUUUUAAUUGAUGCUUAAUGUCUGCUUGAUAUUGCCAACCCUGAUUUUUCUAUUAUGCUUUGAGUUUCUAACAGCUCUGUAUAUUAUGCGUUGGUUCUGCUCUAAGAGCAGAUGUAAUCUUUCAUAAUGGAAUAAUGUACACUAAAGCAAUAAAUGCCAAAAAGGAAUACAUUCAUUCUUCUGGUGGAUUGAUAGUUUUAGACAUCAAUUAUAUAUGAUGCUAAACAGGCUUAUUGAAAAGCAUUACUAAUGAAGUUUGCUAAACUUAAACUUUCAUAUAAACAUACUAUCUUUGAUUUUAAUAAAGAAUAUGACAACAGUUCUGAACUUUGCUUGUGACUUUGGCUGAUAAGUUCAAAAUGGAGCUUCCUAUUUUGACUUGGAAAAAAUGGAUGGCAUUUGAUAUAAAAAACAUAUCUGCGCUCUAGUUUUUCUGGCUUCUGCAAUCUGCAAUGGAUUGGAAGGGUAUAGUUGCUACUAGGUGAGUGUCCCGUCUAAUUCUAGGGGAAUUUGCAUAAGUCCACAAAGCAUUUCCUACUCCUGCCAAACUCUCCGGCCAACUCUGCUGAAGUCAACAAAGCAGCAUCGCCUAUUCCGCUAAACUCUCAGACAUUCUUUGAGUAUUUCGGAUGCAUCUGGAUUUCCUCUGCUCAUCGAACACCGUGUCCAGUUUUCCCUUCUGAUUGUCCAUCUCGUAGCGUCUCUCUCUCUCUCUAUUUGGAAGGUUUCUGGCUUCAAUGAUCUCAACAUCCUAAUAUACUAACCUCUACGAAUCUCUCAAUUCUAUACUUCAAUAUAUAUCUGUGACAUUUUGUUUCCUUAUUCCUUAUUCCAAGAUUUAUGUCAUGUUUCCUAAUUUGUUUGUCUUCUCACUGUUACUUUAAUUAAUUUUUCUUCUUGAUGGAUAAUGGCCAAAUGCAACAAUGAAAAUGGUAGUCCUAAGGCUUCUCAAAGAAUAAUAAAGACCAACUAGGCUUUGCUUAAGACACCAUCUUAUACCCUUUGAGGAUAGUCUGCCUUCUCCUUCAACAGCCCAUAUGAAGUCUUCCACAAGUUUCCCUGCCCUAACACAAUCAGCCAAAUCAGGGUUCUAUCAACUCUCAAAUCUCUCCUUAACCAUACUAAACUUAACAUAUCUCUAAUAUUGCUGAUGCAGAUGAUCAAGUUAUAAUUGCAUCAAAGAAUUCCAGCUUAUGGUUGAAAGACGGAGGCCAUUUUUGUUGUCAUUUAAGGCAGAUGACUGCACAUCGUGUGAAUUAGGUAGUCAGUUGUAUAGGGCGUUCGAAGUAGAAAAUCACUACCCGAUAAAAGGCAUUUGUCUUGAGCCAUUUAUCAUAAAUACAUCCCUUCUUUUGUUUCACGGGUCAAGAAGCUUUCUCUGAUUUUAAACUGAAAUGAUCUCUUUGUUGUCAAUGAACAUAUAUUGAUUUGCCUUUAUCGGAUGUUAUUAAACAUUUUAGUGAUGUCUUUUACUCUUAUUUUAGCUAUGCAGAAACAAUCCAAAUUAAGUAAAAACAAUGCUAUUUGGAGUUUGCACCAAUAUAUUUUUAUUGUGAUUUUCUUUUAGCAUCUUUUUAUUGUGAUUUCUUAUAUACUUCAAGCAUUUCUUUGUCUCUAUAUACCUAAAAGCACUACAUAUGAGUUAGAAAGAUUUUUACGCGUGACUACGUACUCAGGGCUCAAUAUCUAAUAUACCUUCUAGAAAAACACUGAAGGCCACCGACGUAGGAAGACGCUUUUUCUUCCUUCUUCUUCACCGCGGCCAAAAUCAGAUCACCUCCCUUCUGCCGUACCAGUUCGCUUGCACCAGUUCACCACCAGAAAAUCUCGAUCAGUGAUGUCUCGGACACUUGGAUAGUUGGACCAAACAUCUAUAAUUCACACUCGAAGCAAGAAAAAACUCAACUUCAUCCGUAGGUAACCGCUAGGACGUAGGGGUUCUUCUAAAUCCUAUCUUUUUCUGACUUUGAUUUUCUUCUAUACUCACAAAAGGAGAGAUUCAGAUCUAUAUCAGAUCAAAUGCUACCUUUCUCACCAGCCCUCGGGUAAAUUGAAUCCAUCAUUCUUUAUUACUUAAUCAGCAAAUUUUAAUAGUUACAACCUCUAUACAUUUGUUUGAAUUUUCGUCUCUAUCCAUGUUGCUUUUUAUUAUUGAUUUUCCUUUCUUUUUUAUGUCUUUUGUUCUCUGUUUACUCAUUUUUGUUCUCAUCCAGUCAAGUGGUAGGAGUUUUAGUCUGAUAUAGAUCGGUCAUACGAUUCUUUUUAUUUACACCACUAAAUUGCUUCAUGUUUCUAAAUUGUGAAGUCCUUUAUUGGACCCCAUCAUAUUGGACCGCACUAACAUGUAGAAUAAAAAAGCGCACAAGGAAAUUGAUGUGUAAAACAUCUCAUUUAAUGCCUCACUUCAAAGUGCAGCGUUUGAAAAGUUCUAUGUUCGGAGUUGUUAUCAUCUCCUUGUGGGGGAAGUUGACCUGGGAGGAUGGCUGGGGUGGACAAAGAUGUGGAACUUAGCUAUCUUCCAAGGUUAAGAUUUUUUUGGCAAUUGUGCACGGGGAAUCUGCCUACUAACAAAUUGAGAGAAAGGAGGGUGGAGCAAAGGCAUCCUAUGUGGUGAGCAUUUUGAGUCUGUUUCCCAUUCUUUUUCUAAUUGCAGGAGAGCAGCUGAAGUUUGGAGACUAAAGGGCUGGGUAACUGUGGCUGGCCAAGGAACGUCAUUUAUGGAAUGUUUGGAACUUUUCUUCACGACUAGGACCUUGGAGCAUUGCUGUGAAAUGAUAUUGUUGUGCUGGAGCAUUUGGUACUUUCACAAUAGGGCUGUCUAGAACAGGGAGGAAGGAGGCGAGGAUUUUAUUGUGACUUUGGAGAGGGCUAUCCUACAAGGCUGGCGGGUUGCAAAUGACCGGUGCGCUGAAGUUCCCAUGAAGUCGAGGUGUUGUGGUGCAGAGGACUGGAAGAAACUUGAAGCGGGCUGUCUUAAGUCAACGUCGACGCAACUUUGGAAGUUGGGGGGCAUAGGGGUUUGGGUGGGUGGUGAGAGAUGCUGCAGGCAGAUUUGUAGCAGCGGGGGCAAAUUCUUGGUUGGGUACCUGUUCGGUUAAGGAGGCUGAAGCCAUCGCGAUUCGAGAGACUUUGAAGUGGCUUAAGGAGCACAAUUGGGAUUAUGUCAACUUAGAGUCGGAUGCUAAUUGGCAAUGGUGGUUGAAAAGGGAGGAAAUAUGUCUUCCUUGUGUUUGAUUGUUGACGAUAUUAAGGUGUUGAUGUGAGGCUUUAGAACUGUUUCGAUUAAACUUUGUUUGGCGAUCUCUGAAUCGUGCCGCUCACGAGCUUGCGCGAAUGACCAUUUCUUUGUCUGAUAGUCAUAGUUGGAUAAAUAUUCCUCCAAAUUGUAUCUGGAAUGUUUUAAAUCACGAUUUACUCAAUGAUAGUUGAUCUUUUGGUUUUAA